UUGAAUAAUACAUUUGCGUUUUUAAUAUUUCUAGCUUUUUAAUCGAUUGACUGGGAUUUAUUUAGUAUAAUUUAUUUAUACAGUUCAUUAUGUUAAAUAUAUUUAAAUAUGUAUAAUGAUCACUUUUAUAAAGAUCUUAUAAAGAUCUAAAUCUAAAAUUUAUUGAUAGUUAAUCUUUAUUUUGCACUUUUUGAUUUCAGUGUUUACGAAUAAAUUUUUUUAAUUCAAUAAUUACGAGAUUAAUUUAUGAAAGGUAUUCAUAUGUAGUAAUUUUUUACUGUCUUUUUAAUGCGAGUAAUACUGACGUUACUGACGCAUGAAUGGUUAGUGUGUUCAAAAAAUGGAGAUUAAAAGUAAGACAUGUAUCAUACAUUUUUUGUACUAAAACGAGGGUAAAAGACAUAAAAAAUUACCUUUUCUUGUAUGUGAUUAUGUAUUAAAACCUCUAAUGUCUACAAGAUUUGUUAUGCAGAUAAUAUGUAUAAAUUAUAAUAAUAACAAACCUUAAAGCGAUUAACCUAUAUUAAUUGAACUUUGAAGUUAAAACUUUCUGAUUAAUUGUAAAUGACAUGAUAUCUCAUGACGAGAUAAAAGUUGAAGUAGUUCCGAUAAAUGGAGAAAAAAUUGGAGGAAAAGAAGAAACUGUUGUUUUUGUUGAACAGUUUGUUAAAGACGUGUGUGAUUUUAGUUCCCAGUAUGGAAGUAAUAUUAGUAUUUCCUAUACAGCCUAUAAUAUUGCUGGGAAUCCAAGUAAAUUUCCUGAUUAUGGAGAUUUUCCACAAGCUUUUGUUAUGAGAACAUAUGGACGUUGGUGGGAUAAAGCACCUUCAAGAUUAAUGGAUUAUAUGCCACAGAAUAACAUAGACGUUACAAGUCAGGAUUAUAUAGAUCUAGAAUAUUAUCAAGAGGUAUAUCCAAUUAGAGUAUCAAUAUAUGAAACUUACAAUCCUGGAAGUGUAAUUGGAAUUUGGGCACAAAACUCUGAGGGCAAAUGGUAUCAAUUAUGGAAUGGAUUUCCUCAAGUCGUGCCGCACAAGCCAAGAAUAUUUUCUCCAUACUUGCAGCUAUGUAAUUUUAAGACAAAAAUGAUAAGACUGGAAUUUAAUCAUAGUUUAUUAGACUAUUAUACAGAGUUAGAUGCUGUAUUACUUAUUGGUACAUCAGAAUUAAUUGUACCUAAUAGUUUGCAUAAUCAAAAUCUGAAUGACCUUUCUAAAGAAUUGGGUUACCUUAAACAAAGUGAUGAUGAUAUAUAUAAUUUAACACCAGAUUAUUUAAAGGCAAAUCAGGAUUUAACAGUUCUUAAAAAGACACUUUCUGAACACUGUAAGCUUUUUAAAAGCAAAGGAAUAGAUAAUAUAUCCAAGGGAAAAUUAGUAUCUAAGAUAGGACAACAUUAUCAGUCUGUUCCUCCUAUAGAGGAAGCAUUCAAAAGUUUACAACAAUUUUUACAAGAAGAUUUUCCAAAACUUAUUAGAGAUAUUCAUCAUUCGAUACCAAAUACCAUAAAUGAACAAGACAAUUCUCUUCAAGAAAGAUUUUCAGUAGCUUCAACUGAUUUUGAAAAUCAACCAUGUGGCACUUUCUCAGCACUUCCAGAUGAGACGGUACUAAAAAUUUUGAAGAAUUUAGAUUUAAGAUCAUUAUGCUGUUUAUGCAGAGUAAAUAAACACUUUAACAAUAUUGCAAGAGAUGCUUUGUUAUAUACAAGUCUCAAUUUAAAACCUUACUGGCAUUGUUUAGACACAUCUGCAUUAAUUAGUUUAGCACCUAGGUGUCAUUAUUUACAACAAUUAGAUCUUUCAUGGUGUGGAAAUUAUAAUAUGAUUAAGUAUCAAGAUUUUAUAAAUUUUCUUCACAUAUCUGGCAGUGUUCUGACUCAUUUAAGACUAAACUGUUGUCAAUUUGUAAAUGAUGCUAUUAUCUUUGAAAUUUCAAAAGUAUGUAAGAAUUUGAAAGAACUAUGUUUAUGUAACUGUAUGGGUGUAACAAACGAAGGAUUUUCGAAACUCGAAAACUUGAAGUUCCUUGAACGUUUGGAGCUUUACAGAACAACUAUCGAAACUUCUACAUUAUGUUCUAUUUUAAAGAAGAAUACUCAAAUGCGACAUUUAAAUUUGGCAGGAAUGCAUGAUCGUUUAAAUAUAGACGAAGUUGCUGUUGAAUUAGGAAGUUCUUGUCCAUAUUUGGAAAGUGUAGACUUUUGGAAAGCACAAACUUUAACUCCAUAUGGAGUUAGAGCUUUGUCUCACUGUACUAAACUUCGAGAAGUGGAUUUUGGAUGGUGCGGUGGAAUGGGCGCUCCUGGUGACUCUCUACGAGCAUUAUUGUUUUCCUGUCGUUAUUUAGAAAAAGUAUUUUUAGCAGCACUUAGAGGAUUAACAGAUCGCGACUUGGAGCCACUUUUAUUAUGUCAACGACUGCAACAACUAGACCUAUUAGGGGCUCGUUCUCUUACUCCUGAUAUAUGUUAUGGAAUUUUAUUGUUUUGUCCAAAAUUAGAAAUGAUUGAUCUUAGUUUCUGUGAAGGUAUUAAUGAUUUUAUAGUGCAGGAAUGGCGUCAGCAAUAUCCUCAUGUUUCUAUUAAAAGAAGUUUUCAAGUAACCAACUCUAAUAUGAUAUAACAAACAUUCCAUGAUAUUUAUUACAUCGAUUGUAAUUUAAAGUAUUUUAAGUAUAAAUAGGUUUGUUAAAUUUUAUAACUUUGAUUAAUACUAUAAAGGAUGUAAUAUUGUUGUAUAUAAUUACAUAAAAAAUGUUAUUACUAAAGUAUCUGUACAUAUGUAUCCAUUUUUUCAUAAGAAUAUACAUAUGUGUACUUGUAUA